UAAUAAUUAAAAAACAAACAAUACUUUUAAAACUAUCAAUCACUUCAUUUUCGCUAGCAAUCGUUGAUGUCUAUUGUCAUUUCUGAUUUGUGAACUAUGAAGUCAAUAAUUUUAAUAAUAUUUAUAUUCUUUGCAUACGUUGGUGGUGAAAUUAUUUAUAACUCUGAUGAUUUUUCAAAAAAUCAGGAAAGAACGAUUUACGAUGUAAAUAGAUUUGUAAGAGACACGACAAAAUGUAUUGCGUCAGCUAAAAUGCUGGAAGGAAAAAAAGAAUUUUUUAUAAAUAAUAAUGUUCACAACGAUAUUAAGUUAUUAAACUUUUUCAAUCUUAUUCCUGCCUUGAUUAAUAGUAUCAGCAAUGUUACAAACAGCACUUGUUCUGCGGAUUUGUCUUACAUUAAAGAUAAUGUCGAUUUCAAAAAUUAUCAGGAUUCUUGGGCAAUAAAAAUGUUGGAUUCCUUUGGAAAACCAGAAAGUGGAGUAUUGGAAGGAAAUCUGAAAUGGCUGGGAAAUUUUGAUGAAUGUAGAAGUGUAUAUGCACCGAAGGACAAGGACAGAGGAGGAUUUCAUGGGCAAUACUGCACCAUGCAAGUUACAGUGGCGGAGUAUCUCCCAAUUUCAAUUGCUGUGUGUUUACCUGACACGUGUAAACCAUCUGAAUUUGUAGAUAUAUUUAAUAAUUCAAGUUUCAUUCCAGCAAUAAACAAAACUGGCAUCGGUUUUAAUGUGACUGCCUUAACUUGCAAAGCUAAAUCAUUGGAAUUGAGUACUGGAGGAAUUGUGACAUUGUGUAUAAUGUCUGUAUUCUUCCUUCUGGUAUUCUUGGGGAGUUCUGUUACUGCCUUCAAAUAUUUCGCCCAUUCAAAUACUCCGAAAGAUGAAUGUAAAAGUUCUGAGGGAAAAGUUUCUGAGUAUUUCGUAGACAGGAGUUUGGAAGAGCCAUUGGUAAUUAAUGAAGGUUCACCAACAAAAUUAAAAGUGUUCAUCGACAUGUGUGAUCCUGUCUUAAACUGCUUUUGCGUCUUUACGAAUGGAUCUAAAUUGUUCAACACUGAUUCCACAGAGGGACAACUCUUGUGCCUUCACGGUAUUCGAUUUCUAAGUAUGACAUGGGUCAUUGUGUGCCAUGUGUAUAUGUCACCUAUUGCUCAAAUCAGAUCUAUGAAAAGUCUCCUGCCACUCAUUGAUAAUUUGCCUUUCCAAGCCAUACUCAAUGGAUGGUAUUCGGUUGAUUCAUUUUUCGUGCUCAGUGGUUUUUUGAUGUCUUAUCUAUACUUUCAAGAAUGUGCCAAAAAGCAAGGAAAAACUCCGUGGCUUUAUUUUUAUGUCCAUCGUUACUUGAGGUUAACACCGGUGUAUAUGAUUGUCCUGGCAUUUUAUGCAACUGUCAUGCCAAUAAUGGGAUCCGGACCGUUUUGGCAAGAUAAUAAUGUUGAUCCAAACUGCCAGAAGGGAUGGUGGUGGAACUUAAUUUACAUCAAUAACUUUCAAAAUCAAAGUGAAGAGUGUAUGGGUUGGUCUUGGUACUUGGCGAACGAUAUGCAAUUCUUUGUCAUUAGCCCACUAUUUCUUAUAACACUCUGGAGGUGGCCUAAAGUGGGUUAUUCAAUGUUGUUGCUGUUUUUGUGGGGUUCUUGGCUUUCUGGUUUUUUAAUAACUUACCAUUAUGACUUAAUAGCUGGUACAUUGAGUUAUGUUGCGGACAUUGAUCAAGCAGCGACAUUCACACUUAGGUAAGUGAAGGCUUCGUUUUU